AUGGAGGAUCUCUUAGUUUACGAGACGCUCAGGACUUACAGUCUCAACGGGAUAUUGAACAGCAGCUACAGGAUGAUAUACGUAAAAAGUGGCCAACUUGCUUGUGGGGUACGUUACCUCAUCUGGGAGUUCACCGAAAGCAACUUCUCCACCUUCAUCAUCCCCAACACUGCCUUCGGCGUGCUAGGUGCCCUAGCAUCAUCAGUCCUUACCCCAGGAUCCCAAGACUUCUCCCCCCAACCAUGGGAAAUCCUGUCCCGCAUCCCCGCAACCCUUUUCUUCAACUGGACCAUGACAUUCAUCUUCGACCUAUCCAACCAGCGCAGCUCUGCCUCUGUGCAAGAAGACAGCCUUAACAAACCGUGGCGCCCCAUCCCAACAGGCAAAAUCACCGCCCAACAAACACGCGCCGUAACGCUGGCCAUGGUGCCGUUGUCCCUGGGGCUUUGCUACGCCCUUGGCGUGUGGAACGAAGGGAACCUGAUCUUGGUUUUAACGUGGCUGUAUAAUGACUUACGGGGCGGCGACACGCUCGCCCGCGAUCUAAUCAUUGCAGUGGAAUUUGGGCUGUUCAACAGUGCAUCACUGCAGAUAGCGGCCGGUGGUAGAGCCGCCAAUAUGGGUCACGGUGAAAACCUCCUAAGCGACAUCGGGCUGCGCUGGACGGCCCUCAUCAGCACCGUCAUCUGGACUACGAUGCAAGUUCAGGAUCUUAAGGACCAGGCUGGCGAUCGCGUGAGGGGCCGGAUGACAUUGCCACUGGUUCUUGGCGAGAGGGUUUCGAGGCUGUCAAUUGCUGGGUUUGUACUAUUUUGGUCAGGAGUCUGCGCGUACUUCUGGCAAUUGCCGCUUGGGGCUUAUGCGUUGCCGGCUGCGGCGGGCAGUAUAGUGGCGCUAAGGAUCUUGUCAAAAUGGACGCCCGAGGAAGAUGCCCAACUUGGAGGUGGUGGUGCUUUUGGACUGUGACGCUGUAUUCGCUACCGGCUGUUCGUCUUUUGGCAGUUUGGUGAACGCAGUUUCAAGCUUGUGUAGACCAUCAAGUUACGGGUGCAGAUUGCUCAGAAUUAGGGUAGAGAGGCUGUUUACUUCGUCUCAGGGUUGGGCCUACUUGGUAUAGGGAGACUUCAUGUUAGAUUCCAAAAAGUGACUAGAUCG